AUGACUCUGUUGAAUACCACGGCGGUUCUCGUUUCGUGGGUCGUUGUCUCGCGUGUCUGCACCUGGUACCGGCUUCGGCACAUUCCUGGGCCGCCGAUAGCAGCUUGGAGCAUCCUGAAGAGUAUCUGCGAGCAAUACGGUCCUGUCACAAGAAUUGGACCCAACUGGGUCAUCUGCAACAACCCAGCUGAGAUCAGGCGCAUCUGGAGCGUGCAUUCGGGCUACCAGAGGUCGCCGUGGUACAAAGGGUUCAGGUUUGACCCGGGCCAGGACCAGGACAGCGUGCUGACGGCUAACGAGAACAAGGCGCACCACUUCAUCCGCUCGCAGCUGCUGUCGGGGUAUAACGGCGUGCUGAACAACCAGGAGAAGCCUGUUGACGAGCAGGUCGUGAAGAUGCUCGGCGUCAUCGAGCGCAAGUACGUGUCGGACUCGGUCGUGGGGGUGCGGCCGAUGGACAUGGGCAAGACGUUUCUGCACUUCACGCAGGACGCGACGGCGGCCGUGGGCUUCGGGCAGUCGUUUAGAUACAUCGAGGCCGACAGAGACAUCUUCGGCGGCAUGGCCGCCCUCGAGGCCAUGAUGUUGCCCGUCCAGCUCCUGGCGCUGUUCCCGCCGCUGCUGACUCUGCUCAAAACGCCCCCGAUCAUAGCUCUGCUGCCCAAGCCGACCGACGGCCAGGGCCUCGGGCGUCUGCUGGGGCUGAUCAAGGCGCACGUCGACGAGCGGUACGGCGAGACCAGGGUGCAAGGCACCGACGUGCUGCAGGACGAGAUCGACGCCGCGUCUCGCACCGUCGCCCGCCCCGUCGCAGUUAUUAAGGAGGUCCUCCGCAUCUGGCCGCUCAUCACGGGGCUGAUGCCCAAGGUCUCAAGCAGCGACGACGUUAUCUGCGGUGUCAAAGUGCCGGCCGGGACCAACGUGGCGUGGGCACCGUUUGGCAUCAUGCAGAAUCGGGCCCUGUUCGGCGACGACGCGGAUUGGUUCGAGCCGCAGCGGUGGCUGGACGCGGAGCCGGCGAGGCUGAAGGAGAUGGAAGCCGUCCAGGGCCUGGCGUUUGCGGCAGGCACGCGGUGGGAGUGUCUCGGUAUACGCAUGGCGUACAUGGAGCUGGGCAAGGUCCUGUUCGAGCUGUUCCUGCGGUACGACUUUACCAUGACAGAUCCCACCAAGCCGUUCGAGUGGAUAAACCAUAGCUUCACGGUGCACAAGCACAUGAAUGUCAACAUAACAAAGAGGGGGCUUGGAGUUGCUAUUUGAUCCUUCGCGUGCGGGCUUAGGAAGGGCCGCUGCGUUGCACAGGUUCGAAAAUGAAAGCCAGUCUCGACGGGGAGUCUACGGGCAAGACGAGCCCCUAGAAUUUAGGAG